AUGACGGACGGAUCAGACUCCAAACCGCCUUCGAUACCUGCCUGGCAGACGACUAUUUCGCAUAAUACAACCGACACCUCUUCGGACACUUCAAAAGAUGCUGCACAAGCUGUCCCAGCCCAAGAUCGCCGUGCUGUCCUCGACCAAGCCCGGAUAUUUCUGGAUGACGCAUCUGUGCGAGAUAGCCCGCGAGAGAAGAAGGUUGCUUUCCUGGCGAAGAAGGGUCUGCAGAACGACGAGAUACAAAGGCUGCUGGACACUUCGUCUUCAGAGACAGCUUCCUCCUCAGCAUCCUCCUCAGAAUCCUCCUCACCAGCUUCGCACGUCUCUGCCGCUACCACUCCUCCCUCCAGCUCCUCACAAACUCAACCAGCCUCCCAACCCAACCGCGAAGUCCCCCCCAUAAUCACCUACCCGGAAUUCCUCCUUCGGCCCAGCAAACCCCCACCCCUCAUAACCCUCGACCGCCUAACAUACUCGCUCUACACCCUCGCCGGCAUAUCUGCCUUCACCUACGGCGCCAGCAAAUACCUCGUGCAACCCAUGCUCCAAUCUCUCAGCUCAUCGCGCCACGAGCUAGCCAGCACGGCGCUCCACAACCUGGAGAAACUAAACGAAAAGCUCGAAGGCAGCGUCAGCCACAUCCCAGCUAUAUCACAGAGCGCAAUCCCAAAACAGCGCUUCUUCCACGACAACGACAACAACGACGAAAGCGCCUCAGACAUCGAAACAGCAGACUCAGACCUCACCGAACUCUUCCACAGGGACAUGGCAACGCAGACCUCGCCUCGCCUCCUCCUCCACUCUCCCUCCCUUUCCAACACAUCAUCCACCACCUCAUCCUCCGCACACGAGAAACAAAACGAAAAUGCAGAAACAGCAACAGCAACAACAACCCAACACACCCGCCUCCUCACCCUCAAAGACUCACUAACCUCGCUCCUGGCAACCGAAUCCCCCUCCGAACCCACCACCAGCACCAGCACCAGCAGCAGCACCACUAACCUCCUCUCCACCCUCUCCUCCACGCAAUCCUACCUCGACCGGCUCCAAUUCAGCCUGAACGCGUACAACGACUACCACCACCUCUUCUCGGCCGGCGGCUCCACUCUCCCCGCGACGACAGGUAACAACAGGAGGGACGAAGGGAAGAAAGGCCCCAGCGACGACGAGGCGGUCAGGUUCCGACAGGAGAUCCUGAGCGUCAAGGGCGCGCUGUUGGGCGUGCGCAGUUUCCCGCUGGGCAGUAGGGUGACUGCGGCUACUGGUGCGGGAGGGGUGGGGGUGAGGUAG